CUGGCCGAGUUGGGUAAAUGUCGAUGGCUGUUCGAUCGGCACGGUUGGCCUGUGGGCCGCGCGGUGCCCUCCUGCUGCUCCUCGUAAUCUUGCUCAGCGCCUUGGUGGUUCUUCACAAGGUCAUCCAGUCACCGCUCCUGAAUCAAAACAAAAUCCUCCAGGAUCACUUAAGGGGCCAGCACGAGCGGCAUAUCCGUUCCACACGUACCAUUCUCCUCUGGACCGAUUUUUUUGGUGAUCCGCGAUGGAAGCUUUCCUGGGACACUUUGGGACCGCAGGAGCUGCGGGAUGAACUCCACUGCCCGGUCUAUCAGUGCGAGAUCAGCAACCAGCACGCAUUCCUGCCCGCAGUGGAACUCUAUGACGCCAUUGUCUUCCAUGCGGCGGAGAUGUUCCCGCUCCUGCGACCAGUGCCCUCGCAUAGAAGCCCCCACCAGGCCUACGUAUUCGCGCUGAUGGAACCUCCCGGGGAGACUAAGCAUCGACUGGACGAUGAACAGGGGUUCUAUAACCUCACCAUGACUUAUCGUCUUGACUCGGAUGUGAUUUGGCCCUACGGGCAGCUGCUGGACAUUGCAACGGACGCUGUGGUGGCGCCCAGUGUGAAACCGCCUUGGAGGAAACCUCCUGCGACUUUCAACGACACUCUGGUGUGGAACCUCUGGUCGGGAAAGACGAAAACUGCCGCCUGGUUCGUCUCUCAUUGCGCAACGUUGUCGAAAAGAGAGGUCCUGGCUAAUAGGCUUCAGGAAUUUUUUAACGUCGACAUUUACGGAAAAUGCGGAACACUCAGAUGCACCCGGGGGGAUCCGCGCUGCGACGAGAUGUUGGACACGGACUACUUUUUCUACCUGGCAUUCGAGAACUCGCUGUGCGAUGACUAUGUGACGGAGAAGCUUUUCGACGCCCUGCAACGGACCGUAGUACCAGUGGUUUUCGGCGGAGCGGACUACUCGCGCAUCCUGCCCCCGCACUCGUAUGUCGAUGCUAAUCGCUUUGAAACCGUGGAGGAGCUGGCCAGGUACCUGAACUUCGUGGCUGGGGAUCCGGAUAUGUAUGUAAGCUACUUCUGGUGGCGCAGCCACUACCGCUUGGUCCCCAGCUCCCCGUUUUGCGACCUCUGCGCCCGGCUCCAUGCUCCCGCAUUUGGCCACAAAACGCAGUUCUACCACAACAUCCAAUCCUGGUGGUUCAACAGUUGCCGCUUGGAAAGCCGAAUUCGAUUGUAAGCUGUGCACGACUUAGAACAAGAUAGUUGCAACCAGCAGCGCAGUGAAAUCCAGAAAAGAGCGAGACGAACUGUGGAUUUCUCGCCCGCCAUCUAUUUAGGUUCACUCCUGUGAAAAAGGAAAUACAGGAUACAUGACUCAGGACUUAAAUUCAUGCCGGAUUUGUCUAAAAUGGGAGAGGUUUUCAGCAUGGGCAAAUAGGUAAAUGGUAAAUAGGUAUUUUGUUGGGAACUAUUUUAAAAAAACCGACUUUGAUUGUUUGUAUUUGAAUAAGGAGUAUAAAUAAUUCCUAUUAACAAAUAAAGUCGAAAUACCUCUUUCAUUAAUGUGAAAUUCGAAAGGUA